CAAAUUAUUUGGAUUAUGAUAUUUUCGUGGGAGAGGAAAAUGGCUACCUGUAGUUCUAGCUCAAAGCCACCGGUGUGGCAGAGAAGCCAGAGAGAACGUUGGCUUUCCGGCAGCCUUAAAUUUCAGGCCUUCAACGUUGCACCCAGAGUCAAAUCUUGUGGCUUUGGUGGGAGGCCGGAAACUAGAAAGAAAGCAGCAGAAUUUGUGGUGAGAGGAUGCCGGUGUGACCCAAACAGGGGAGACGGCUAUCGUGCCGCCGAGGAAGACCAAGAGUUUGUCAAGGUUCUGCGGGAGGCUCAGCCUUAUAUUUCUAUUCACAGAAACAGCAUAUUCGUCCUCGUCAUUUCUGCAGAAAUUAUUGCCGGCCCCCACUUGGACGCCAUUCUCAAGGAUAUAGCUUUCCUUCAUCACCUGGGAAUUCGGUUUGUUCUUGUCCCGGGGACCCAUGUGCAAAUAGACAAGCUUUUGACUGAGAGAGGGAGCCAACCUAAGUAUGUUGGUCGAUAUAGGAUUACCGAUGAUGAAUCUCUUGCUGCUGCAAUGGAAGCAGCUGGGGGAAUAAGGUUGAUGAUGGAAGCAAAACUUUCUCCUGGACCGUCCAUAUGCAAUAUUCGUCGACAUGGUGGCAAUAGUCGUUGGCAUGAAGUUGGUGUCAGUGUUGCUAGUGGUAACUUUCUCGCAGCUAAGAGAAGAGGGGUUGUUGAUGGAAUUGACUAUGGAUCAACUGGAGAAGUUAAGAAAGUAGAUGUUUCUCGCAUGCGUGAGAGGCUUGAUGGUGGUUGUAUAGUUCUUUUAAGUAACCUUGGUUAUUCCAGCUCUGGAGAAGUAUUAAAUUGCAACACCUAUGAAGUUGCAACAGCUUGUGCAUUAGCUAUUGGAGCAGACAAGCUUAUUUGCAUUAUAGAUGGUCUAAUACUUGAUGAGAAUGGACAUCUUAUUCGUUACUUGCCUCUUCAAGAAGCAGAUUUGUUAAUUCGUAAACGGGCCGAGCAAAGUGAAAUAGCUGCUAACUAUGUGAAAGCUGUUGAUGUAAAUAAUUUCAGCUCUGCUGGUCAUAAAAGUUCUAAUGGAACAGCCCAUUCCCCACAGAAUGGAGAUGCCUUUACUCCAACCCAUAAUGCAACCUUUCAUAAUGGUGUGGGUUUUGACAAUGGGAAUGGCCUAUGGUCUGGUGAACAAGGCUUUGCUAUUGGAGGUCAAGAGCGGCUAAGUCGAAUGAAUGGUUACCUGUCAGAAUUGGCUGCAGCAGCUUUUGUUUGCAGAGGAGGUGUUCAAAGAGUUCACUUGUUGGAUGGUACUAUUAGUGGAGUUUUGUUGUUGGAAUUGUUUAAGAGAGAUGGAAUGGGAACAAUGGUGGCCAGUGAUCUGUAUGAAGGUACUCGGAUGGCUCGGGUUGCAGAUGUUCCUGGAAUAAAACAACUUAUUCAGCCUUUGGAAGCAUCUGGUGUAUUGGUUAAGAGGACUGACGAGGAGUUGCGUCAAGCAGUGGAUUCCUUCAUUGUUGUUGAAAGGGAGGGUCAAAUAAUUGCUUGCGCUGCCCUUUUUCCUUUCUUUGAGGAGAAGUGUGGAGAGGUUGCUGCCAUUGCAGUGUCACCAGACUGUCGAGGCCAAGGACAGGGUGACAAAUUGCUUGACUAUAUUGAGAAGAAGGCUUCAUCUCUUGGGUUGAACAUGCUUUUCCUGCUUACUACUCGGACAGCAGAUG